CUCACGGCAUGAAGGCCACUCUGUUGCCACUUGAGGAGCACCUGUCGGGUCAUUUUCCAUUGCACUGGUCCCAAGACGGGCGAGAGAUCUAGGAGCAUGCAACGCCGACUGCAAAGCUUGCGCAUGGACGGCUACGCGACGCAGUGCCACGCGCUCUACGUCGGCGCCAAGCUCGUCUACCGCGUCACGAUCCAGACCGCGAUUGCACCAAAUGCAACGUGGGUUGCCGGCGUGAGCAAGGCCAAGCUCGAGGCUUUCCGCGUCCAGCUCGCGCGUCUCGUCGAGGCCAUGCACACCGACCCGACCGAGCCGUGGAGCGCGGACGGCCACAUUGAACGCCUUCUGGAGCACGUGCUCGACAUUGCGACCAAGCUCCACGCGACGACGUUUGCGGCCAGCACCGACGACGACCGCGACCUCGUCGAGCGCUUUGUGUUCGAAGUGCUUUCGGCAUACACGCUGCUCACGAGCCUCGAGGUCGCCGACGUGAGCGCGUCGGCCUUGGCCAACCAAGUACUGCACUUUUACGUGAUUUUGCGCGAGUUUCUCAUGAUCCCGGACGAUGUCACGAGCGCCCGCAACCGGCUCGCGAUCGCGGUGAUGAACCUCACUGACAUUGAGCCGCCGACGGCGCUCGGCGGUGGCUGUAGCAUCUGCCUUGAACCAUGGCAACACGCGAAUGUGCCCGCGCUGGCAACUGUCCAGCUACCGUGCGGCCACGUGUACCACGAAGAAUGCGUUAUCGAAUGGAUACGCCAGAACGCCAACUGCCCCGUCUGCCGCGCGGUCAUUGGACCUGUUCCGUAGAGCGCUGGUGGUGGUGCUAGCAUCAAUAAGUAUUUAUGUAUAUUGUCAACAAAUUUAGGUUGCCUGAUUGCGCUUGACAA